AUAUUCUCAUGCAGUCCGAGUUGCCGGGUGGUGAGUCAUUCUAAGGCGUCUGCGAGAAAAUUCAUCUCAUUUUAUCACCGUGGACUGUCAACCCAUCGUCGAUUACAAGCAAUGGAGGUGCUGGCUGAUCUAGCGCACACACACUGUGAUGCCUGUAUCAAGUUUAAAUGUAAUGUGAAACCCAAAGUGAACUUUGCAUGUCCUAUGGUCACAUGUCAGCAGGACUGCGGUGCUAGGUUUCAUGCUUGUAAACUGGAUGACCAUCGAAUGCUGUGCUCCAAUGAGAGGGUUCCAUGCAUCAAUUCUGUCUAUGGUUGCCCUCUCAUCAUUGUUAGGUUUCAAAUGUCAAGACAUUUACAUGUUUGUCCAGCCAGUGUGGUGCACUGUACAAUGGAAUGGAACCGCUGGCCGGUCUGCUCAAGUGAAAGACAGUCCCAUGUCCCCUUCCGUCAACCCAAUCCCCUUAUUGUACCAGAGCAAUUGGAUAUUGCCUUGGCCUUACGAGAUCAACGCAUGUUAAACGAAUCAAUGAAAGCAUCUGUACAUCUGCGCAGGGCAAUGAAAACCAACUUAACAAACACACAUCCAGCAGUACCAUUAUUGAAGCAGUCUAACUCAUAUGAUGAUGAGGGAACCAAAAGCCUUGAAUGGAACAAAGAACGCUCAGUGACUCCCCCUGGUUUGCAAUCAAGUAUAUGUAAUGAAUUAUAUAAAGCUACACAGAGAACUACUGAAACUUUGUCUGCGACAUUAGAUAUGGUAACCAGCUCUGGUUCUUCAACUACUGGUGCUAAUGGUAAUUUGGAUAUUGCUACAGAAAGCCAUGAUGACUACGAUGAUUUCCUAGUACCUGGCAACAACACGUUUGGUCACGAAAUAUGCAAAGAGAGUUUCUUCCUUCGUACUGAAGCGCCACCUCCUGGGUUAAUCUUAUCAUCAUUUGGAUUGCGCCAUGUUACUACGAAGGAUAAGCCAACUGUAAACCACAGCUAUCUUGCAGUUAAUCCAGCGGAGUUGAACGUUGAGUGUGCGCAUUGUAGAAAAUGGAGAAAGAAAUGGAAGGAAGAAGACGAGUUGAAACAGGAAGCUGCAGGAAAGGCUAGUAAAGCAAAAGAAGGUGGUGGUGAUGCGAAUCAUUGUCAUAGCAGCAAAAAUGGUUAUGAUGGAAAGAAGUCACACACUAUCGACAGUACUCAUGGACAACUCCCAGGAAAUGGUCACCAUGAAAACUGUGAUGAACUCAAUUGUAUUUUUGCUACUGAGUCUAUCGUAAGUGAUGUCUCCGCAGCUCCAGCCAGAGACCAUUCUAGUACCAUGGUAACAACCCCACUAACAUCUUCAUUCACUCGACCACCAACGCCACCACUAUUACCUGCGCCAGUCUUCAGUGAGACACUCGGCUUAGAUAUCACUUUAGAAAUGGUUACAAGGUACCAGAACAAACACAAAUCUAUGUAUACCUUUCUGUGCGCCCAGGACUUCAGAAGGGAUGAAUUCUCUAGUCACUUUCAGAAUGUUCACAGUGAAAUUCAUGGUGGUUUGAAUGGAUGGUUGGAGCAGCGAUGUCCGCUGGCCAUAUAUGGAUGUACGUAUUCAAGGCGAAGGCUACAUCCUGGGUGUACUGGCAACCGUAUCACCCAUGACAAAAGCCUAGCAAGUUUUGGUCUUAGACCAUCCCUUCCCGCACAGACUGGGUAUGCUGAAAACAACAGAGCUAUGCCCAGUGAAUCCAACUCUCCAAUGAAGGAAUCUGACGAGCAUGCCAACUUUACAGUCUGUUCUAUUGGAAAUUUACCCUUUGAAAUACUGCAGCACAUUGCACGGUUUCUGGAUAGCUUCAGUCUGAGUAACCUUUCAAUGACUUCUCUGCUUAUGCGAGAAGUUUGCUGUACAUUACUGGAGGAAAGAGGCAUUGUUGUGCAUCAUUGGAGAAGAAAAAUAGGUGACAUGUACUCAUGGCAAAUUGCUUACCAGGUAUGGCAAUUCAGCACUGCAUUCACACCUGUCACAUCCUGGGGAUUUGAGGACAAUCCUAGCAUUGCUGAGCAUUUGAAAACCUGUACAUUUAACAAAAAACUAGUUCGCACAAAGAAAUUUCGGGUGAUGCCUGACUUCCAGGAGACAGUUGAUUCGGA